AAUUUGCAGAUUUUUGAAGCAUACAAAGCGGGGAAAGUGACUAAUCUUGUGCUCGAUCUUCAUCCACAAAAUACCGAUUUUUUUGCAGUUGAUUGGAUAUUUUUCGUAGAUACUAUCAAUUUUUCAUUUUGGUCGGAAGAAGGAGAAAAAUUCGAAGUAACGUAUAAAAAUCAAACAUAUACUGGUUAUUUCGCGGCUUGUGCUUGCGUAAAACGCGCUUUGGACCACGGAAUUCCGUUACUAAAAGCUGAUUUCAUGGAAAAUAUCACCGAAGAUGAUAUAGCAAAUAUUUUCAGAGGUGAUAAAGGAAUAAGUAUACCGCUGGCAAAGGAACGACUAAAAGUUAUUUCAGAGGCCGGAAGAGUUCUGAAUAAAAAGUUUCAUGGAUCGUUUUCCACUUGCCUUGAACAAUGUAAUAGAAAUGCAUUGAAUUUGAUAAAACUCAUUAUUGAUAAUUUCGAGAGUUAUCGUGAUUUCGCGGAGUAUAAAACCCAAAAAAUUUCGUUUCUAAAACGUGCACAAAUCCUUGUUAGCGAUUUAUAUGGCUGUUUCAAAGGUACGGGUGAUCUUGCUGAUUUUACGAAUAUUUCGAUGCUAACAAUGUUCGCUGAUUAUCGAGUUCCACAGGCUUUAGCUUAUCUUGGUGUUUUGAAGUAUUCGUCUGAUGUAUUUAAAAAACUUCAAGAACACACGUUACUUGAAAACGGUUCCGAAUUAGAAGUCCAGUUGAGAGCCUUUUCUAUUAAAGCUUGUGAAAUGUCGAAAAAGUAUUCAAAUAAUAACGAUGCGUUAUUGGAAAUAAAUACAACAAAUGUCGACACGUUUUUAUGGUUUUUUAGACGAAAUUAUGCCAAAAAAAUCGAAGAAAAAGUAGCAUUUCAUCGUGUUAGAUGCAUUUAUUAUUAA